CGGAGCUCAGCGGCUCCACACAGCUGUCUCACUGAACAUGGACGCCAACAUUGUUGUUAUGGGGACAGAAAGCGUCGGGAAAUCAGCGUUGACUGUGCGUCUCUUAACUCGAAGAUUCAUCGGAGAGUAUGGAGAUAUUGAAUCCAUCUACAGUCACAGUUAUAUGGUAGAUGGGAGGGAAAUUACUCUCAAUGUUUGGGAUUCACCUUAUUCUGAGGAUUUUUCCGUUAAGACGUCACUCUUUGAGAAGAAGGUCCAAUGGGCAGACGGCUACGUUCUUGUCUACAGCAUCUGCGACAGGGCCAGUUUCAACACUGUCAGCAGGCUCAUUCAGACCAUCAAGUCCACUAAAGACUACCUGAAAGCAGACAAAGCACCCAUAGUGAUUGUGGGUAACAAGAGGGACCUGCACCACAGGCGGACAGUGCUGAGCGAGGAGGGCCGGCUGCUGGCUCUCAACACAGACUGCCUCUUUUAUGAGGUGUCAGCGGCCGAGAACUAUCACAGCGUGCUCAUGGUGUUUCACGGGCUGUUGGACAGGGUGAAGGACACCAAGCUGACAACGAAGAAGCCUCUGGGGUUCAGGGGCAUAGUGAAAAGCAUGUCUGCAGUGUUUGCCAGAAGACGGACAGACUCUUUUUAGUCAGACCACGACAGAAGACAGAAGAUGUGCAUAAGAGAGGUUAUGCAUUAUGUGUGUUUGACUGGGUGGAUAUCACAGUCUGUCAGUGAACUUUUACCAUGUUAAUGUGCCAAAGGUAACAAUGAAGUCUCCUGAGUCUACUGCAGAGAUGGGAGUUGCUUUUCGUUUAAAAAGUGUGGAAAGACUCCAGAGAAGGAAAAAAGCCAUUAAGCUUCAUGGACACAAAACAAUGAUACAGAUGUUUUUUUUGGUGACAGGUUUUGAGGUCAAGCUACACAAGACUGAUGGAAUUACCCUCCUAAUCAUUAUACAGAUACUUGACAUGUAAUAUACUAUUGUGUGCAGCAAGGUAUGCAAUAUGUUUAAGCUGUGGCUUAAAAAGAAGAAAUUCUAUGCACAAAUUGUGCCUUUAGUCAUGAUAAUGACCAAAGGUUGAAAAAAGCUCUUCAAUUCACAAGUGAAACAUUUGUGUCGGUGGAAAAAGUGACUGAUAAGUGCUCAAUCAUGUUGAAGUAAAACCUACAUCUUUGUAGUAAUUCAAGUCUAAACACCGUAAAUUAAAAGACCAAACUAAGUGUUUCCUAUAUUUAUGAGCUCUGCUAUGUUUAAUCAAUUAAUUAUGGGUCCUGCAUUGUUUGUCUAAACCUUGUUUUAUGUCUUACAAGGAUUUAAAUAAAGCAUAAAAUGUGAUUUUCA